UAUAUAUUCCGUAUUGGUUGAAUCAUCUACCGUACCUUAAAAAUUUGUACGAGUAGAUCCCGAUUGUUGCAAGUUUGCGUUUCCCUUCAAUCAUGGAAUCUCCAAGUCUGAUCACUCCCAUCCCUAAUCUCCUCCUCUUCUUCACAGGUUUUCUCCUAAUUUACAUCAUCGCCUACCUCUUCAUAUUCCGCAAUUGGAAGCCCAAGCUCCGACCCGAAGCCGCCAGCUGCGCCAUCUCCUUGACCCACGGCACUCCCGCCGUGUUCUUAGCCGCAGCCGCCGUCCUCUCCGACCCUAAUCGGAGCUUCCACUCCCGGAACACGCCCUUCCAGAACUUGGUCCUCGAUUUCAGCGUCGCCUAUUUCCUGAUGGACCUUUUCCACUACCUGAUUUUCUUCCCGACCGACGCUCUCUUCAUCGCGCACCAUUUGGCCACCCUGUUCGUUUUCGUCAGCUGCCGAUACGCCGUCUCUCACGGAGCGUAUUCCGUAUUAGGGCUCCUGCUUCUGGCGGAGGUCACCAGUUUCUGCCAGAACGUCUGGACCCUUUCCGGCGCGCGGAAAUCCGAUUCGAAAUUGGCUGCCAAAGUGUACGAAUUCCUGUCCCCUCCGUUUUAUGCUCUGUAUUCUGUGGUUAGAGGGUUUGCUGGGCCGCUGUUUGUUUAUAGAAUGCUGGCUUCUUUUAUGAAAGGGGAAGCCGAGAAUGUUAUACCCAGAUGGAUGUGGAUUUCUUGGUUUACUGUUAUUAUCGCUGCAAUCUCUGUCAGUGUCUUGUGGGUUUCAAAUCGUUGGGUUGACUUGUAUCGACAGAAAAGUCAAAAACUUGACAAAAAAUACAGUUAGAGAAUUUAGGGCACAUUUAAUGCUUGUAUUAUUCUUACAGAAAAAUCAAACCAAUGAAGACUGACUCCUUUUUAAUUUUACCCGUCAGAUUGGAUUUGAGUUGUCUGUGUUUAUCUGCUGUUACUUUGACUUGAUGAAAUCCAACCUACAAUUAUCCAACCUGCAAUUUAUUGUCACCCCUCUCUACCUUUUGUUUUGGGUAAAUUAGUCCAGUAUGUUUAUGGAAUCAAACUUUGAUCUCAAUGUUAUACUGUAAAGUUAUAAUCUUUCGGUGCUAUUAGAAGGUAGAGCGGAUCAAAAUGUUUUCUUUCAUCUGUAUUUGGUAUCCAAGUAUAAAACUGAUUUGCUGAUCAAGUAUGCUUUCUUUGAAGUUUUCGAAUUAGAGAAUUAUCAAGAGUAUGACCAAAGGAGGUGCUGAAUCCUGGAAUAUGACUAAACCUAAGUGAAUGGUGGUUCACUGGUUGAAUGUAUAGUAACUGCUUUGUUGUUACUUGUUUCCUUCCACGAGGUACUACGCUCAUGAGGAAUGUUGAAGUUUCCAAUCAAAUAUUAGGAAUCUGUGAAUUUUGUGAUUGCAUAUGGGUCAUAUCCCUUUGAGCACCGAUUAUGGUGUUGCUAUGUGUUCGAGAGGUCACGGGUUCAAGUUAGGGGGACGGCCUCUUGUCAGUAUGAUAAGGGAAGAUUUGCCCUGUGUACACCUGCUUUGGACCCUCACCUUGCGGGGACGCCAAUGUGCACCGGGUGCUCUUUAUAUAUGUAUAUUCCCUUUAAAAAUAGUUUCCCCGUAAAUUAUUUGUCAUAUAGGAUGAUCAGCCAUAAUGCCUAUUCAGUUAGUCCACAAGAUAAGCUGAACUUUGGAAUAGACAGCCAGACAGAGAAUGCAACAAGGCUGUAAAAUUAUCGAGUGAGAAAUUCAGCAUUUUGAAAGAGUGUUUUUACCAUUAAACAAAGAAGCAAACUGAAAUUUGUCAAGGGGUAUUCGAUUUUUUGUGACUUAUGAAGUAUGUAAUAGGGGCAUUUGUAUCUGUUCUACUAGAAGUCUUCAUCAUGCCAAAAAAACAGACAAUUUGGAGCUUGAUUUAGUAGACAACUUAUCUUUGGCGUCAAAGUUAUCAAAACUUUUUAAAUGUGAUGGUUGAGCUCUGUCAGAUACUGUACCUGGCUUUGGCACCUGACGGGCCUUACUUGGAAGCACCAUUAGAGUAGAGUUGUCUUCUGAUGAACUAGGCCAAAUUUUACAAUAUCAACAACCGAGACUUUACCGACUUGUAAACACAUCUGUGCUUACUUAGUUACUUUACAGCCUGAAUGGAAUACACUGAUAAAAUAUUACAUUGGCCGAA